ACUUAGAAACAGAAAUAAAAACAAUUACGUUAACGUUCCAAAAUGAAGACAGCCAUUGCUCUGAUAGCACUGAUCUCCCUCACCGGCAGUCUGGUGUGGGCCGCACCAAAUCAGCAACAGCAACAAGUACAGGACAUUCAAGAAAUCCUGGGAAAUGCUCGAGACACAACAGAGCAAGACGAGGAUGAUGUAGACCUCCAGUCGCUACUGGCAGCUGCUCAAGACGAUGAUGGCAAUGAUGACGAUGUAAAAGAAUUGCAGUCACUUAUCGCCAGCGAACAAGAUGAAGAUGAAGAUGAAGAUAUGUCAGCACUCAACUCCCUGAUGGCUGCUGCACAAGAUGACGACAAUGGAGAUGACGAGGAUGAGAAUAUGAAAGCUCUGACAUCGCUAAGUGCAGCUGCUGAAAACGAUGAAGACGACCAGCUAUCUGAGACAGCUGCUAUCACUCAAAGAUCCCGAAAAAGGCCAAGGAGAAAUAGAAAGCGAAGGAGUUAUAUAAAAUACUAUAGAGGGCGAAGGAGAUAUAGAGGACGAAACUUGGCCCGCUAUUACCAGCGUUAUUACAAUCAGCUUUACAAGAGGUAUUACAACAAUUAUUACGCUCGAUAUUACAAGCAACAUUACAACAGGCAGUAUCGAGGAAUUAAAUCGUAUGGUAAUUACGGAUUUAGAGUGAUUAAUCAUGUGUACAAGUACAUGAAGAGUCACUACCCCAAAGUGUAUCGCAAGUACUUGUACUACAACAAGGGAUAAACUUCAUGCAGCAGCUGCAGAUACAAACUUGAAGUAGCUUAUGUAUAGAGUCAGACUGAACAGAAUUGAUAGAGCACUGAAGUGCUAAACUUUCGUAGUUUCAUGCCUCGUAUAAAAAUUUGAACAAUUAAAAUGUGAGUAUGAAAAAAUUG